GGCAGCGUGCUGACUCGUUUUCAGAACCGCGACUGAAUCGGUUACAGGCGUAUCGUAGCUGCUGGUCGAGCGCGUUUCAUUACGCACUCCUCCAAACCUCCGCCACCCUCCCCACCAGAAUCGUUGUGCUCUACGCCGUUGUGCGGUUCGGGGAUCAGAGAGAGAGAGUGAGCGAGCGAGCGAGCGCUGGUGCUGGGAACGAGUUUGCUGCUGUUUGCGAGUGUGUGCAUGGGUGUGUGAGCGUUCGCGCGCGUGUUUGUGGAUAACCGAAAGCGGAAGCGGAAGCGAGAGAGCGACCGAGCGCGUGAAGUUUGGUGGCGAGCGAGAGAGCGAGAUCGGUGCAUCGAGAAGGAAGAAGCAGUAGAGGGAGAGAGAGGAUAAAACAAGUGCUCGUCGUGUACCUUGUGCGGUGCUCGAAGGAUCAAAGAUCGAUUGCCUGCCUGGCCCAGUAAUACGGGCGUGUGUGUGUGGCUGUGUGUGAGAGAGUGUGUGUGUGAGUGUUUGUGAAGAAAAGCUGCGAACCAGCACAGGUGCGAUCGUCGCGCGCGCGUUCGACAGGACUGAACGGACCACUGCCAAUUCAGAGUCAGCACAGCAUUAGACAGAGUCAGCAGCAGCAGCAGCCAUGGCCGACAAAAAGGUAGCGGAACAGUACUAUGCCCCGCCGCCCAAGCUGGGCAAAUGGGAAGGAUUUAGGACGUUCCUGUGGAACAGCGAAACCAGCCAAUGCCUUGGCCGCACCGGAUCGAGCUGGGCGAAAAUCCUCUUCUUCUACGUGUGCUUUUAUGCUGCCCUGGUCGGAUUCUUUGCCGCGAUGCUGGCCGUGUUCUGGCAGACGCUCGACAUGCAUAUGCCUAAAUAUCAGCUUGACAGUUCGCUGAUUGGAUCGAAUCCAGGUCUGGGCUUUCGACCAACACCGCCAGAGUACCAGAACGUGGAGAGCUCGUUAAUCUGGUACAAAGCUUCCGACAAUGGAAACGUUGGGAUCUGGACCAAACUAAUCGAUGAGUUUCUGGAGCCUUACACGGUAGAGGAAGACAACCGCGUCGAUUGCUCGUUCGACAAUCCGCCGCCGGAGGGCAAGGUUUGCAAAGUUCCUAUGACUAACUGGUCUCCGUGCGUCAAGGAAAAUCAAUACAACUUUAAGAAGAAGAGCCCGUGCAUAUUCUUGAAGCUGAACAAGAUCUACAACUGGGUCCCAGAUAUGUACAAUACCUCGACCAACUUGCCGGAGAAAAUGCCCGAUGAUCUGAAGGAGCACAUCCGCGGAGAGGAAGCCCGAGGAAACAAGAACACCAACGUGGUUUGGGUUUCCUGCUCCGGUGAAAACCCUGCCGAUAAUGAGCACAUCGGUGCCAUUCAGUACAUCCCGCGUCGUGGAUUCCCUGGAUACUUCUUCCCGUACAAGAACGUUGAUGGAUAUCUGCCACCAGUAGUAGCAGUCUACUUCGAAAAACCAAAGACUGGCGUGCUCAUCAACAUCGAAUGCAAAGCCUGGGCCCGCAACAUCAUGUACGAUCGGGCUGAGCGAAGAGGGUCCGUUCACUUCGAGCUGAUGAUCGAUUAAAUCGGUGGCUCGUACGCACCACUUUAAAGCAGCGAACCCGGGGCCAUCCCGGCUCCAUUUCGCACAUUUCGCCAGGCGCACGUGUUAUCAUCGUUUUUUUGUAGGAAGGAGACGAGCGGGAAAAGGAAGAGAGCAAGCUGCACCGAAGUCCGAUCGGUCGGUGGCAGCAGCAGCAGUGUAGUAAGGGCAGCAGGCACAAAAGCAGGCCUAGAAGUAUCGAAUGAGUUCACGCUAGCGUUAGGACAACCGCAGAACAAGCAGCCAGAAGCAGCAGCAGCAGCAACAGCAGCAAAAUGUAGUGCGCAAAAAAAAUUUGUUGAUCGGAGAUCGGAGAUCGUCGACGUUGAAAUAUUGAGUCAAACAAAACAAACCAAACAAAAAGGCAAGCAUACACACGAGAAUCCCAACUACGAGAACGUGCGAAAAACAUCCAUUAAAAUCAACGCGUUACGAGAAACGGGAAGGGAGUCAACAUAUGCGCGCGCGAAAUCAAGGGCAUAUAUUAAAAGAAGAAAAAAAAUAACAACCAAAAAACCACAUUGUAGUAGGCGACGAUGCGUGCGUGCGUGCGUGCGUGACGGCGUAAUCGUUUUUGGAUCAUUUGGGCUAGGCAUUUUAUACUUUUCACCUGUAACUUCAGCUACUAUCGGUUGGUGAAGAUUGUUGUAUGAUUUUGUUAUUGCAAUAGUAUACAUAAUACCCACGUUAAAGCAAAGAAAAAGAAAGAAAGAAAAGAAAAUGAAAACAAACUAAUAAUAAUAAAAAAAAAACAAGUAAAAGAUUUAAGACCAUCGUAAUAACUGUAGGUAAGUUGUACAGCUAAUUGCAGAAGAAGAAGAAGAAAAGGGGGAGAAGAAACAAAAAUUAAACAAAACCCAGAGGCAUUCCGCUCUCUGCUUCAGUAAGUCAGUAAGUAAAAAAAAGGGAGGCAGCAAAGCAAGAACGAACAAAGCGAGAGUUUGACCGGGGGAAAAACCAUUAAAAAACAACAACAACAAACCAACAAAACAAAUAAGAAACCGGCGACACCGAUAUUCACGCGGUUUAUUAGUAAGGCGAGAGCGAAUGUGUUCUAUUUAGGUGCAGCAUGCUAGAAUUAUAGUUGACACAACACAACACAACUUUCCGUAAUAUAACUCCACCUUACACACACCCACUCUUAAGCAGCAUAGCAGCAUGAUCUCUCGCAGUAAAAGAAGAUAAAAAAAAGAAGAAGAAUGGAACAUCGUACUAGACGAAAGUAGCCAGCAGCAGUAAAACAUGCAUCACCAUGAGGGUGACACUACCGAAUACGCAUGAUAUACCCGGUCAUUUGGGGGCAGUCAUCAUAGGGCGGAUCAGCAUAGUCAGCAUACACUGUCGAUUCGCUUCUCGAGCUCUCCUUACCCUCCCCCCCCCCUCCGGAAAAUAUAGUCUGCAAAUUGUAGAUCUAGUUGAAGUAUUUGCGUCAAAGCGUCGCCGUACAUCAGCAAAGCAAAGCAAACAAAAAAGGCAAGGCCAGCAUUCAACCAUUGGAGCAAUGUAGUUUGUAUCACAUGCUAAACUUUCUUCUCGUGCCGUACACUUACACAUAUACACACCCACACCCACACACACAAACAAACUCAUUCACAGAUACACUCAACACAAGAUAAAUGCAUAACGAGGCUGGCCGGAAAGGGUUGCAAGGGGGAAAAGAAGUUUUCACACCACCCUGUACGAUGUACUAGGCAGCAGCUGAUGAAAUAUGAAAUAAAGGAAAAAAGUCGAAAAAUACACUCACAACAAAAAAACACCGAACGAAGAAGUAUGAUUUCCUUUACCCCCUUGAUGGCAGAUGGCGUUUGUGCGGUACUGUCAAAGUCUAGUAGCUGCGUAUGCGCAAACAAGGACAGCGUAGCGUGGUGUAGUAAGUAGCCUAAACGAGAAGUGUCGUUGAUUAGUGUCAGUGUGCAUCAGUUGUGCACCAGUCAUGCAUUGCUUUGCUACGUUGGGCAUGAAAGACAUGGUCGCUAAGCAUUUUGCUUCUGCUCUAAUGGGCAACUGGUGGGAACAAGCUGUAAUGGUAAACUUGCCAGUUUUGCUAGUGCAUCAUGUGUGUAGCGCUACUGAGGUGGUCUACUUAGUACACCGAGCGAACGUAACUAAACAACAUGAAGGGCCUCUUUCUAUUCUUAUCACUCACUGCCCACUGAAUAAGUUAAAACAAAACAAAAACUGCAGAGAAAACAAAAUAAUAGCGUGGAAAAAAGAUAGAAACAUACAAUGAAUCGAACAACCGAUCUGAAGUGCAUGUGGAAAACGAAUGCAAACACAUGAAGCCACGAAAACGACACGGAAAUGCAUGUCAAACACAACACACAAUCGCUCGAGAAGCGCGAGAUAUUAGCAAACCAAAAAUAACAUAACGAACAAUGUUACAGAAAUAAAAGUAAAUAACUAUAGUCGACAGUAAAACCAAA